GAGGGCGAGGGAGAAGUGUCGCUGAGUUUGACGGAUUUAUUGACAAGUUCUUCUCCAGGAUUUAAAAAGCUGCUGCAGAAGAUAACAGAACAGACUCAGCUUUCUCCAGGGGCGCCCAAAGAGCCCCAAGAGGGGCCCCCCGGAGGGGCCCCCGGGGGGGCCCCUGGGGGGGCCCCCCAGGGGCCCCGGGGGGCCCCCGAGGCGGAGGGCAGCAGCAAGGGGGCCCCCUCUGCGGAGAGAAGUGCAGCAGAGAAGGAGGCGAAGAAAACGAAUUCAAAAGGAGAAUCGACGCACGCCAGCAGCAGCAGCAGAAGCAGCAGCAACGGACGCAAGAGCCAGGAAGGCUCAGCAAAACCCAAAAAGAAAGAUGAAAGAGGUUUUCCACAGGGGGCUCUCCAAGCAGUCCUCAUCAUGGGCCCUGACGGCCGCAUUCUUAACUUCGAAGGGAUGGAGCCUCCUUCCCCAGAAGAGCUUUCACAAAUCCCGGAGGCCUUCUCAAUGCUUGCGAAGCAAAUGGGAGUUCCCUUCAGCCAAGAGGCUGCAGAGAACAUCCGCGAGACUUUAACAAAGUUAACAGCGCAGCUCCCCAAGGGGGCCCCCAAGGGGGCCCCCCCCAAGGGGGCCCCCCCCAAGGGGGCCCCCCAGGGGGCCCCCCAGGGGGUCCCCAAGGCGAACCCUCAAAGCAAAGAAAACCCUCGCAAGGCCAAAGCUGCCCCGCAGAUGAAAAGCCCGAAGGAGUCUGAAGAGCUGGAUGACCCUUGGGAUGAAGGCUGGGCCUCUGCGCCUGGCAGCAGCAGCAGCAGCAGCAGCAGCAGCAGCAAGAGCAGCAGCAGCACGCUAGCAGGCGACCCCGAGAGCUUCUUCAAGGGGGCCUUCAAAUUCAUUGCAGAAGCAGAUCCUGCUGCAAUGGGAAUGUUGAUGCGUGCAGCAGAACAGCUGGCGGGCAGCAGGGGCCCUCUAGGGGCCCCCCCCCCUUCAGCACUGGCGGAGUUUCUAAAGUCUCUGUCUGAGGGGCCCUCGGGGGCCCCCCAGGGGCCCCCCGGGGGGCGCCCAGGGGGGCCUCCUAAGGGGACCCAGGACGGGGGCCCCAGGGGACCCCGAGAUGAGCAGGGUGACCGAGAUGAGCUGUAG